AUGGAAUCCAACGAGAUCAUCCAACGACGACUAGAGAGAGUAUCGAAGGAAGCAGAACGAAUACUUGGAUUGAUUAUUAAUGAAACAACAGAAGACCAAAACCGGUUGUUAGAAUAUGCACAAGAGAUACAGGUGCGACAUGAAGAAUUGUACCGUGAAUGGUUGCAAAAGUAUAUUAUUGAACUUGAUCGAUGGCGAUCAUCGGAACUGGCCAAACUACAUGAAAAAUUGGAAAAUUCGAAAAAAAGAAUGAGUGACGUUCUUCAAAAAAAGUUGACCAUUGUCAAUCAAGAGGUCGAAGCCGCAAAAAAUCAAAUUUUUCUUGACGAACAAGAACGACAAGCAAGAGAAGCUGAUAAUAUCGUUUCUGAUGUGAAAGCAAUUUCACAUCAGAAUAAAACGCAACAUAUUGGAACUGAAGCAAAUACAGAUAUUCAUUUAAGAAUACGAGCAAAUGCUGGUAACAGAGACAUGAAUAGAGAACACCCAAAGUUGAAUGAUCCAUAUUAUCCUUAUUUAGAAUAA